UCGGCUUCGUUUCAUUUUCAAGGAUGCAGAGUAUUUUCCAAGCUCUUGCUGGUCGAAGAAGGUGGAAGGAAACGACGGAAAGAACGCGUUUUUGCAUAUUUCAGUUGGACUUUUACCCAUUCUUUUGUCCCGGUUCACUCCCUUCCUCAUGUAUAAACCUGCCAAUUCAUCGUUUCGUUAUUCAACCUGAAAGCAACAGAGCAACAAUGGCUUCUCCUGCUUCUAUUAGCCAUCUGCUCCUGCUGUUCCUUCUUCUUCUUCUUCUUCUGCCAUAUCUUGCCAUUUCACAGUCCAAUAUAACCCCGGGCAAGUCUCUGGUUGCGGGGGAUAAGGAGUCUCUUCCGUGGCUCUCUCCUUCCGGAGAUUUCGCCUUGGGGUUCAGCCAACCCGACGAUAAGAGCGACAGCUUCGUAGUCUCCAUAUGGUAUGCCAAGAUUCCUGAGAAAACCAUAGUCUGGUGUGCCAGUGAUACUAGCAAACGACCUGUCAUCGCACCCCGAGGAUCAAAACUGGUGGUAACUGCUGAUCGCGGGCUCCUUCUGAAUGAUCCAGGAGGCGGAAUUCCAUGGAAGUCCGAUCCCAUAGUUAGUGCGGUCGCUUAUGGAUACAUGAACGAUACUGGAAAUUUUGUUCUCAAGAACAGAGACUCUGAGACUCUUUGGGAGAGCUUCGACUACCCCACCGACACCAUCCUGCCCGAACAGAUCUUACCGAAUAAUGGGAUUCUGUCUUCAAGACAAUCGGCAACCAACUUCUCUCAGGGAAGGUUUCAGCUCCGUUUGCAGAAUGGGAACCUCCUGUUUACGACAAUAAACUUGCCUUCCAGUCACGUCAAUGAACCGUACUUCACGUUCACUCUGCCUUCUGUUUCUGUUACGGGGAUUAGUUUUGAUGACUCCGGCUUCUUGAAUUCCCUUCAUGACAACGGCCAAACGUCGCCUCUCAAGACAGUUUCGCGGGGAUCGCCCAGGGACAACUAUUUGAGAGCCACUUUGGAGUCAGAUGGGGUCUUCAUCCAGUACUCUCGCCCCAAGACUGGGGGAAAUUGGAUGGUUGACUGGCUGAUGCCGGAAAAUAUAUGCAAAACUGGUCAGAAUAUAGGGAGUGGCAUUUGUGGUUUCAACAGGAUAUGCAGGCUCGACGUGAAUGACCGGCCAGUCUGCGAGUGCCCUCUGGGAUUUUCUGUGCUUGACGAGAAAGAUGAGUAUAGAGGUUGUGUGCAAAAUUAUUCACAAAGUUGUGGAGAAGCGCAGAGUUCAGGACCGGAUGCGUUUGUACUUGAAGAAAUUACUAGUAUCGAUUGGCCAACUUCUGAUUACAAUCUCUUGCAACCUUUCACAGAGGCCGAGUGUAAAGAUUCCUGCCUCCGGGACUGCAUGUGUGCUGUCGCCAUCUUUAGAGAUAAUGACAUGUGUUGGAAGAAGAAGCUGCCUCUCUCCAAUGGCAGGAUCGACACAAGCCUCAAUGCAAAGGCCUUCAUCAAGAGAAGAAAGGAUGGCUUUCCUCCUCAGACCCCUAAUCCUCCAGGACCAAAUGAUGAUAAGAAGGAUCUUUUGAUUCUUGCCGGGUCAGUUCUUUUAGGCAGCUCAGUGUUUGUCAACUUCAUACUGAUUGCUGCAUCAUGCCUCGGCGUUUUCAUGAUAUACCAAAACAAAUUAAAGAAGUUCUUCGAAGAUGAAAGUGGCAUGGACAUAAAUAUACGCAGCUUCACAUACAAAGAGCUUGAAGACGCCACCGGUGGCUUCAAGGAGGAACUUGGGAGGGGGUCGUUUGGCAUAGUUUACAAAGGGGUCAUUGCAAUUGGAGACUCCAGAAAUGUUGUAGCAGUUAAGAAGUUGGAUAGGUCUUUUCAAGAGAGUGAGAAGGAAUUCAAAACUGAAGUUAUAGUGAUUGGACAAACCCAUCACAAGAAUCUGGUUAGGUUGAUCGGGUACUGCAAAGAAGGGCCAAAUCGCUUGCUGGUUUACGAGUUCUUGAGCAAUGGAUCGUUAGCGAGCCUCCUGUUUGAGGAUCUGAAACCCAGUUGGGAACAGAGGGCCCAAAUUGCCUUGGGAAUCGGAAGAGGACUCCUCUACUUGCAUGAAGAAUGCAAAACCCAGAUCAUCCAUUGCGACAUAAAGCCUCAAAACAUCCUUCUCGACGAAUAUUACAAUGCCAGGAUUUCAGAUUUCGGACUAGCCAAGCUCUUGAUCAGCCAAACCCACACUCACACUGCAAUAAGGGGAACGAGAGGAUAUGUUGCCCCCGAAUGGUUCCGGAACAUGCCGAUCACUGUGAAGGUCGAUGUGUACAGUUUCGGUGUCCUGCUGCUAGAGACCAUUUGCUGUAGGAGAAGCAUUGACAUAGAAGCCGGCAAUGAAGAGAGAGUGAUCUUAGCUGAUUGGGCUUAUGACUGUUAUCGAGAAGGUGCGCUAGAAGCACUUGUUGAAAAAGACGAGGCAGCCCUGAAUGACAUGAAAAAGCUCGAGCGAUUUGUGAGGGUUGCCAUCUGGUGCAUCCAGGAAGAUCCAGCCUUAAGACCAACCAUGAAGAAGGUAAUGCUAAUGCUUGAAGGGAUAAUUCAGGUGUCUGCACCACCGUCCCCCUUCGCAUUUAGUACCAUAAGUACAGUGUAAACUCAGAGACGUUCUAGCAUUUCCGUAGAGCCAUCUCAGCCCUUGUGUUUGUGGUACAUAGGUUAUCAUAUUUAGUAGAUAAUUUCUUGCGAACAAAGUCCUGCAUCGUGAACCAAUCUAGGAUGAUUCUAAGGAAGAAAAAUAUGCAGCGAAGAGAAGCCAUCAAGCAAAGGUAGUAGUCUUGUUGAUUGAAGGAAACCACCUUACUCCCGUUGAAGGGAAGAACUUCAUCAGCUCUGUUCUUCUGUUUCUUUUUUGGUACUGAUGAGCUCUGUUUUACUAUCCGGUCUUCUUUGUGCUUACCUUAGCCACAUGAUUUGCUCUUAAUAUCGUCUUUUGUGAUGUCUUCUGACUUCAAUGAGAAGACAUCUGAUGUACUCUUUCCAAAUAAAAGCAGCACGGUUGCAAAUUACAUU